AUCACUUCAGUGUCUAAUGGACCAGUCACUAUCAUGGGAGGAAUACGGCUUAAAUGAGGUUUUUGUCAGGGAAUAUUUUCAUUGACGUGAAACAGCUGUCCAUAAAGGCUUUUGGGACCUGGCCAUGUCGUCCCAAAUGUCUCUUAUCAAAGAUCAUCCCCGCAUCACGAAGUCCACUUCAGACUCUUCUUCGUCUUCGUCAUCCUCCGCCAGCGAGAGCCUGAGGCAUGAGCGAGUAUCAAGACUGAACUCCCAUGGUGUGUCGGAUGCCUCCAACGAGGCAACAAAAAACCACGCCGAGUCGUAUUUCUCAAGACGGGAGAACAGACUAUCAGCUAGAAAAAAGGCAGAAGAGGAGAUCGCGCGAAAUGAUUAUAAAAAGAUGUAUGAGAAAGCACUGGCCACUAAUCAGAGGCUCAAGUCAAGACUGGAAACCAGUAAGCAGGAAUUGGUUGUGAUUCAGGAGCAACUGCAAAGAGCUCAGCAAAAGGAGAGAAAGAGUGAACUUGGAUGUAACAUGCUUGAAACAGAAAAAAAGGACAGUCGGAGUCUAAGGAAGAAGAUAUCCGACAUGGAAGAUCAAGUGAAGGCCAAAGUAGAACUCCACACGGAAAACCAAAGACUGAAGGAUGAAAAUGGAGCGUUGAUCCGUGUCAUCACUAAAUUAUCCAAGUGAUUCCAUCCAAAUUGAAUGAAGGAGGGAUCAUGUGAUUUGUACGACCGUUUACGUGUCUAAGAAUCACAACACAGGUUAUUUCCAUCCUAUUUAUUUUUUUCUCCCUCUGGGACAGGUAAAUCACAUUACGAGUGCAGACACGAUCCAUGUGGCAUUAUUCAACAUUCCAGAACAUAAAUUCAAAUAAAACUCUAGGCCUUAUGGUCAGGAUUAUCACCAUGGAAACUGUGACCCUUGUAGUCCAUCAGCAACAAAUAUGGCUACCUGGCUUUUCCUUCAAAUCUGCUGUUUAAACUCGAUAACACAAACAAGUACUGAAGAAAUUAGAUUGCUUCAUUCACAAAAAAUUCACGUACUUGUCUGUUAUGCAGUUAUUUUUAGUAGUUUUCAUGUGUUUUAUUAUUAUUGUUGUUGUUUUAUUUUAGCUUCACUAUGAGGAGAGUCCACGUUUGUUAUUUCAUAUGCAUGUUCAUGGUGCCACCCAGUGACCAAGAUUGGAAAAGCACCCUCCAGUUCCUACUUUUGACAUGCUUUACCAUUCAAAUUGUGUUUAUAUUUACGUUAAUUGUUUGAAUAAUAAAAUACAAAAGAAACUGCCCUGGUUAUUGUUUUCAUAGGGCUGUACAGGGGACAUUAUGGAGUAUAAUUGGGGACAUGAAUGGACUUGACAGGGAAGAAUAGGACUUAUAUCAGGGGAGCCAAACUUUCCUUCCACUAUCAUUUGUUAAACCCGAUGAUAUUCAGGAUAUCUUCUAAUUACACAGCACUUAUACAUAUGUGUGUGUUCGGGAUGUUCUGAUCACGUCACCAAGCCCGAUCACGUCAUUUUCAGCGUACAGUAUUGGA